AUGGAGAAUCUCAAGGUUCUUGUGCUUACAUUUUUCGCUGUCUUCUUAUUACUUGUGUUCGACGCUAAUGGCCAGCUGACUCCUAUGCCUCAACGCCCAUUAUGUGUCUCCCAAAUUGCACUGGUGAACUACGCGUGUGGAAGUUUAAUUCUAGCGCCACCAGCUGCCACCUCCCUUCCCUCCACCGUUGUCUUCCCUGCAGAUGAUGAUAACAACCACGGGCAUAGGAACGGACAGAGGCAUGGCCAUGGAGGAACGCAAGAAGAUACUUGUUGCCGGUGGCUUAAUGAUGUGGAUGACGAAUGUAUCUGUGAAUUACUGGUUCGCUUGCCACCCUUCCUUUCAAGGCCUCGCCAUGAAUACACUAUCAAGAUUGAUGACUCUUGCAGUGUUUCCUACACUUGUGGAUUUACGUGA